AUGUAUCUCAAAUACGCCCUCGCACUGGCAUCAGUGCUUCCCCUCACUUUGGCUCAGACAUACUCUGACUGCAACCCUCUGAAAAAGACCUGCAAGCCUAACCCAGGCUUGAACAGCAAGACUUUCUCUUCUGACUUCACCAAGGGUAAAUCUGCCCUGGACGGCUGGCUCACUGCCAGUGGCAAUGUUGAGUUUGGUGAUGAUGGUGCCGAGUUCACCGUUGCGAAGAAGGGAGAUGCGCCCACCAUUGACACUGAUUUCUACUUCCUCUUUGGUAAAGCCGAAGUUGAGCUGAAGGCUGCUCCCGGCACUGGUAUCGUGAGCAGCAUUGUCCUCGAGUCGGACGUUCUUGAUGAGAUUGACUGGGAGGCUCUUGGUGGCGACACCACUCAGAUCCAGACCAACUACUUUGGAAAGGGUGAUACCUCCAGCUACGACCGUGCAACCUACGAAACCGUGGCCACUCCCCAGGAGACCUUCCACACCUACACGAUUGAAUGGUCUCCCAAGUCGGUCUCUUGGGCCAUUGACGGCAACACUGUUCGCACUCUGAACUACGCCGAUGCCAAGGGCGGAAGCCGCUUCCCCCAGACCCCUGCCCGCCUGAGACUCGGCAUCUGGGCCGGUGGUGACUCCGACAACGAGCAGGGUACCAUUGAAUGGGCUGGUGGCCAGACUGACUACAGCGGUGCUCCCUUCACCAUGUAUGUGAAGUCUGUCCACAUCGAGAACACCCACCCCGCUGGCGAGUACACCUACUCGGACACCUCAGGUGACUGGCAGAGCAUCAAGUUCGACGACUCCAAGCCUGAUGACGAUGACACUUCAUCCAAGACGACUUCCUCCACCUCGAGCGAGUCUAGCACUUCGUCCGGCAGCAGUGAGACCAGCAGCAGUGAGACCUCCACCUCUACCUCCAGUGAGACCUCGACGUCGACAACCGACAGCGAGACUGACAAACCAACUUCAACCUCGACAGGCACUACCGACAGCUCUGAAUCUCAGUCCGAGUCUGCCUCUCCCACCUCGACUGGCGGCUCCGGCUCUGAUUCUAGCUCUGAUUCCGGCUCCAGCGACUCCGGCUCCGACUCUUCCAGCCCCUCGGGGUCUCAGGAAGCGAGCUCUACUGAUGACGCGUCUGCACCCGAUUUCACCGGUGCUGCUUCGUCUCUGACUAGCUCCGCCGGCGGAUUGAUAACCGUCUUCAGCAUGAUGGCCGCGAUGCUACAGCUGUAA